AUGGGUCAGUCCCAGAAGCACUAUGUCUAUGAGCCGGUUUUCUUUUCUGCAUUACGACGGGGCAAGCAGAGACGCCAGCGGUUUCUCUGGGUAGUUGCCACGAUGGCACUGUGGACGUGUGUGUUUUUUAUCGCGGGGAGGAAACUUGCGGAACCGCAAGAGAACGUCACACCCGCCGGGCAGGACACGACGGCGGCAACGCAACCGAUGCGUGAAGACGCAAAGACCGUUGGGGAAGAGCCUGAUCUUCUCCCCUAUUGGGAGUCUGUCCUUGAGGCAAAAUCGCAUAACGGCUCUUCCGUUGAGGCAUGGGGCUGUGACUGGUUUAUGGCCCCUGUGGGAGAAACAACGCGGUUGGCCCCGAUGUGCGCCGUAGGCAACAGCAAUAAUGGUACGGCACCCUUCAAAGCACCCUGCACGAGUAAGGAGUUGGCUUCCCUAAGUUUGGCGACCAGAGGCGGAGCCACCCGUGCGCAUUGUGUCAGAAGGGGUUUUCAUAGCAAGUGCUACGUCAAGAACAUCAUAAUUCAAAAUGGCAACUUCUUCACUUUCAAAGCGGAGAGGGGGAAAAUACCAUCGUUACUCUUCUUGGCCGACGGAGCGCGGGAGUGGCUGGGAAAACAUCAUCAGUACUAUGGGACUCCAGUGCGGGAGUUGCCAAGAAAGACAAACAUGGGGGUUUCAAUUUUGUCUCACUGCAAGUAUGUUGUCACUGCACCGGUAGUGUUCAUAUUCCGUAUGAGUGGCCAUUCAACGUAUCAUUUGUGGCGAAACAACCUCGGGCCAUUCUUUGACACAUUGCGUGAUGACUUUGGGAUAAAGGAUCGAUUGAGAAAGGGGAUCUUUGACGGUGAAUCUCCAGUGGUCAUAACUGUUGACAAAAAGCCUCGAAGCGGUCCCAAAGCACCCCAUUUGUUAGACGAGUUGUUGCACUACUUUAUAGAUUUGCCAGUACUUGAGGCCUCUGAGUUCACAGAGCCAACGUGUUUUACAAGAGCCAUUCUGGGAAUUAGUGCGAACAGCUUCAGUCAAGCAGCGCUUCGACAUUGGUUGCUGCCACGUAUAGCGUUGCAACACCGCUUCCUUCAGUUUCUCAGAAAGCGAAACAAGAGAGAUGUUGCUACGGUAUCCGGAGUCCAUGCGACGACGUUGCGGUGUUUGAUGCCACAAUAUGACAGGCGUUCGCCUAUCCUAUUCAAUCAGUGGUUUGCAUGGAAGCUGCGGCAAUGGCAAUGGCUACCGCGAAGACCGAAUGUACUGUACCUUAGUCGCAAUCAUCCCAACAUCACUCGUGGACGAAGGGUGGUGAAUGAAGAAGAUGUUAUACCCGCCCUCGAAGCCGCAGUACUGGCUAUGACGGGGGGAUCUCUUAGGAGGGUUUUUCUUGAGGAAAUGGCUUACGUGGAUCAGAUCGCUGCGAUGUUGGAAACAAAUAUUCUCAUUGCGCCUCACGGUGGCGGAAUCGCCAAUUGUGUCUGGAUGCCGCCGGGCUCAGUCGUGGUGGAGUUCGUUCCUCCCGCUGGGGCGACGCUGCCAGAGUUGUACCAUAAAAUGUGUCGGGAUGCAGCGGGUGGUGGUGUUCUGCCCAUUCAACAUAUUUCGUUUGUGGCUGAACAAGAUCCGGCGGAGCUCGAACCAGACUUUGCGGCGACGAACCCGGCGUGGAAAAGAAACAAACGGCUAUUCAGUAACAUCUGGGUGUCAAAAAGACAACUUAUUGAGUACUUCGCCAAAGCCCUCGAUCUGUACCGUAGGGCGUGGGAAUGCAAGCGAUGA